AUGAGGGCCUGCUCGCAGGGCAGCGCGCGGGCCGAGCGGCUCUCCAGCCUCCAGGUCUUCGCCAACAACUCCUCGCUGCACGGCAUCAGCCACAUCUUCCGGCACGGCUCGCUCUCGCUGCGCCGCGUGCUCUGGGCCCUCUUCUUCCUGGGCUCGCUGGGGCUCCUGCUGGUGGUCUGUAUGGAGCGCGUCACCUACUUCUUCUCCUACCCGCACGUCACCAAGCUGGACGAGGUGGCCGCGCCCAACCUGACCUUCCCCGCCAUCACCAUCUGCAACCUCAACGAGUUCCGCUUCUCCCGCAUCACCCGCAACGACCUGUACCACGUGGGCCAGCUGCUGGCCCUGCUCAGCGACCGCUACGAGAUCCGCAGCCCCCACCUGGCCGAGCCCCAGCUGCUGGCCGCCCUGCGGGACAAGGCCAACUUCCGCAACUUCAAAGCCAAGCCCUUCGACAUGGCCGACUUCUACAACCGCACGGGCCACGACAUGGCCGAGAUGCUGCUACAGUGCAGCUUCCGCGGCACCGACUGCACCGCCCAGAACUUCACCGCGAUCUUCACGCGCCUGGGGAAGUGCUACACCUUCAACGCAGGGGUGCCGGGCAACGAGCUCCUCACCACCGUCAAGGGUGGCUCCGGCAACGGGCUGGAGCUCAUGCUGAACAUCCAGCAGGAGGAGUACCUGCCCGUCUGGGGGGAGAGCGAUGAGAUCUCCUACGAAGCCGGGAUCAAGGUGCAGAUCCACAGCCAGGAGGAGCCGCCCUUCAUCGACCAGCUGGGCUUCGGUGUGGCGCCCGGCUUCCAGACCUUCGUGUCCUGCCAGCAGCAGAGGCUGGUCUACCUCCCGCCCCCCUGGGGGGACUGCAAAUCCACCCCGAUUGAAUCCGACUUCUUCACCAGCUACAGCAUCACGGCCUGCCGCCUGGACUGCGAGACCCGCUACCUGGCCGAGAACUGCAACUGCCGUAUGGUGCACAUGCCCGGGAAUGCCAACGUGUGCACGCCAGAGCAGUACAAGGAGUGCGCCGACCCUGCCCUGGACUUCCUGGUGAAGAAGGACAGCGAGUUCUGCGUGUGCCGCACGCCCUGCGACAUGGUGCGCUAUGGCAAGGAGCUCUCCAUGGUCAAGAUCCCCAGCAAGGCCUCGGCCAAGUACCUGGCCAAGAAGUACAACAAGAGCGAGCAGUACAUCUCGGACAAUGUGCUGGUGCUGGACGUUUUCUUUGAAGCCUUGAACUAUGAGACCAUCGAGCAGAAGAAAGCAUAUGAGGUGGCAGGGCUGCUGGGGGACAUCGGGGGCCAGAUGGGGCUGUUCAUCGGGGCCAGCAUCCUCACCAUCCUGGAGAUCUUCGACUACCUGUACGAGGUGUUUCGGGACAAACUCCUCAGCUUUUACAAGAACAAGAAGAGACCCCAGAGGAGUAACAGCGACAAUUUGAGCACCUGUAACACAUUGCGGAGCCACUCGGACAGUCUCGGCUACACCCCGAACAUGCUACCUCGGCACCCAGCUCUCGGCAACUUCGAGGAGUUUGCCUGCUGA